AUGAAGGAAGGCUCCGGACUGUGGCCCGUCACGGCCGCAACGCAUCGCCAUUCGGUGUCCGUCGUCGUGAAUCCUGAGGAUGCCGUCCCGGCUUCUCUCCACACCUGCAUCCGUUUGAGUCCCGAGACGGAGAUCUAUAGGGCUAUUGGCUCCGUCGUGACGGGUUCCUGA